AGAUCAUCGGCUCCAUCCUCCUGAUCUUCUUGCCCUCUCGUCCCUAUCCUUUCCUUUCCUCGCCGCGCCGCUACCUGCUGCUGCGUGCCUCGGAACGCGCACCGCGCGGUGCAUGCAUGCCCGCCGCGCCGCAUCCCUCCAAACCCUUCCCGUUCGAACCACCCCCCUUCCCCUCCCUAUAUAUGCAGCCCCCGACACCACAAACACUCACUCAAUCAAUCACUCACUCACAGAAACACUCAUCAGCACAGGCCAAGCAACCAGUAGCACUGUAGUAGUGAUCUCUUCUAGCCAGUCUCGAACCGUCAGAAUCGCAGAUGGCUCGACUGAGCGGCUCUUCGGGCGCACACGCGCUGCUGCUGCUGUUGGUAGUCCUGCUCGCGACCUGCGCGGCGCCGUCUGCGUCUGCCGCGCGCGCCGAACCGAGCGGCCAAUAUCUCUGGGGCGACGGCGGCGGCAGGGAGAGGAAGGUGGGGGCGAGGACGGAGGUGAGGGACGUGGAGGGGAACCGGGAGGUGCAGGAGCUGGGGCGGUACUCCGUGGACGAGCACAACCGGCGCCGGGAGGACGACGGGCGGCUGGAGUUCGGCAGGGUCGUGUCCGCGCAGCGCCAGGUCGUGUCCGGGCUCAAGUACUACCUCCGCGUCGCCGCCGCCGAGCUCCCCCAGCAGCAGCAGGAGGAGGGAAUCAACAACAACAACAAAGCCGUUGAAGGGGAGCGCGUGUUCGACGCCGUCGUCGUCGUCAAGCCCUGGCUCGACUCGCGCGCGCUGCUCAGGUUCGCGCCGGCGCACGCCGAGUGAACGGUGCUCCAAAAUCCAAAUGGGUAUGGCGAAUGAAUAAAGAGUGUUACUCGGUAGUAGCAGUCUAGCAGAGAUCGCCCGGGGGAGGCUGCAGUGCAGUCUGUUGCGGCGAUCGAUCGGCGUUUUUGAAGGCUUUUUCUUUUUCUGGUAUAAGGAGGUCUCGAUGAGACGAUGAGUGUGUCAGAGUAAAUGUACUGCUGCUGUUCUUCUUCAAUGAACGAAAAAUAUACUGUCCUACUAC